AUGUCUUCCGGAUUGAGGAGACGUCGCGGAACAAGUCCACCACCUCAAACCCUCUCGGAAAAGCCUCCACCUCCACAAAAUCAAAGGUUCUCAGAAAAAAGGACACCUCGACAAAAGAAAAUCUUCUUUUCAAAAGUUGCGAGCCCACAAGCUCGCUCAAAUCUACCAACUCGGAAUGCGUUAGUCAAAUUCGAUUGGAAGUCGACACGAAAAAUGACCAGAUGCCAGGUUUUUGCUAUUCGCCAGAAGCACCUCUUUAGCCAGACAGAAGAUCCGUUCUCCGAUCUGUACCAGCUAAUUGACUACUCCGACAUCAGAGUCUUGGGAACGCAAUCAUCAAACCCAUUCCCUGCUCAUUCGAUCUCGUUAGACGAGGUCGGUACCAAGAUAUACGCUUGCAGUAUCUCGGAGGAAAGAACGACGAAUCUUACAUUCUUCUACCCAGGUCUAUCAAAUCGUGGUCUUGACUGGCAGCAAGCGAAAUGGUACGAUGUUGUUAGCCAUGGUUGGGAAGCCAAGCGCGCGGACAAGUUGCAAAACAUCGUGUCAGGUUUGAGGGCAUCGUUGAAGGAGCCAAAAUGCAGAGAUACAUCGAAGGCUCCUUCAAGCAAAAUUUUUAACGCUUCAGUUAAUUCAAUUUUAGGUUGGGAGAGGAACAGAAACCGUGAGGCUGAGGUUGCAACCUUUCCUCUUCGUCCUUCUUUGUCAACCACUGCGGGAUACCAAGGUAUGGCAUUCGGUCAGAAUGUGCCAGAAUCGGAACGACUCAAUCAUUAUUAUCUGGCUUUCCGUAAUACAGAAAUUGGAAAAAGAUUCGUAGCGAUGGAAUCCGAAUCUAUCAUUGGUCUAGGUGAAUUGGACACAAGAAAAGCAUUUGCGGUUGGCUGGUGCGCUUACACGCACUCUGGCAAUUUUACUGGUGUGACCGGAGUACUAAGACGUUCUGCAUUGCUACGAAAUCGAAUAUCCGUGAUUUACGAAAAUAUGUGUAAGAUCGAGAACACAAUAGAGGCGAAGUUUGGCGCAGAUACAAAGGUGGCUUAUAGUUUGAGCGUGUCAGAAGCUUCUGAUCUCCAGAAAAAGAGAUUGAGCUAUGAAAGAGCAAUAGCAACGUAUUACGAGUGGAAUAAAACUCUGUCCAUGCUUGAGGAUCCAAAGCAUGAAGAGUUAAAUUACUGGUUCUUUAGGUAG